ACCGCUGUGAUAACACCAUAGACUGUAUAAAAAUUAACACUGAUGUUAAUGUAUGUCGCAUUAUGCUUAUAAGACAUGUUAAGUCCUGAAAUGUCUCUACUUAAUGCCUAAAUGUCUAUGACAUUAACAAUUACUUUAGCAAUAUGCACAGAGAUUCUCUUGGCCACACAGACCGGUGUGUCCGAACAUACCCUGAAGGUGUUUGCUAUAAAAUUAUGUUAUAUAAGUUUUGGGAAAUCCAGCACAUCCUUAUUUCACAGGCAUUUCCUCUGUAUUUCUUAAACAAAAGGUGGAACAAUCGGUCUUUCACAGAGCAGAUCCUGCAGCCCUAUAAACACACACACACCCAUACACUCAAUAACAAAUAAUUAAGUAAAAUCUGUUUCAAGUCAGGCUGUACUCACAGCCAUUUUAACAUGCCAUUUCCAGACACAUUUUGUCCAGUUCUGAAGAAACAAAUUUCUAAAAUACUCCACAGAUCUCCACAGAUAAUUUUCAAUAUCUCUCCUAAUUAUUUUCACCGUAUAACAUGACUGCUACCCAUUUGCUGAUAACUUGCUGAUCAUUUAAGCCCAUAUUUGCUCCUUAUAUGAUGUAUUUUUAUUUGAACAGUCUUAUAAAAUUCAGCCUAAGUGGCAACCGGUGCUUGUGGAGAUGUACUGGUUUUAAACAUAUUGAAGAGUCCAAACACAUUUAUUACCUUGUUGGAGUGAUAAUCUGCUGAAUUACAAUAAUUAGUAGUUUAGUAGCUUCAUAAUAUGUCAGACUGUUGUGUGAGAGACAUUCCCAGUAGGCUACAGCUGGGCAUUUUUUCUAAAGGCGCUUCACUGUGUGUGCUUUCUUCCCCAAGGUGGUAGUCAUGGAAACCACUGAUGUGUAUUGCUGGAGAGCCUUUAUAGUUCAUGAUCAGACUUAAGAGGAUGCUGAGAUAUUAUGGAAGGACAUUGAUUGCUCAUACUGAAACAAACAUGAGAAGAAAAACUUGAGACAAGAAGUGGAGUUCGGUAGCAAUACACACCAUGGCUGCCCAUCGCAUUCGAUCAGCGAACAGCAACGCUGUGCUCCCUCGCUGCAGAUCUGAGGGUGCUCUCAUCGAUCUCAGUCAAGGAGUGUCAGAGGCCACCCUUACAGAUGUUAAAGGGCCUUCACCUAGUGCCUUGCGACUGGAUACUGCUGCUUCAUUUGGAGCUGUCAGGGAAGUGAUUGCCAUUAAGGAUUACUGUCCGUCCAGUUUUACCACACUCAAGUUCUCAAAGGGAGACUGUCUUUAUGUUAUAGACACAUCAGGUGGAGAAUGGUGGUAUGCACACAACAACAAAGAGAUGGGAUACAUCCCAUCUGCUUACGUCCAUCCGAUCAAUCAUCGAGAUUCCACGUUCAGUGACAGCGGCAUAAUUGACAGCCUAAGUGACAUUUCUGAGGGAGUGAAAGAAAUGGAUAACUCUGUGGAUUGGACGGGGUCUGCCAAACCCACAGAAUCUGGAAAUGACAAUCCUUUUGUUAAUAAACGGAUGUCAACUAACCCUUUCCUAAAUGGCACGCUGCAAGGCACCCCUGACCAAAACUACAGCCAGAGUUCAGCAAAGGCUUUGUGUUUUGGUAAUAUCUCACCUCCCAUCUCAAGCACCAGCAGUGCUAUUAAUAUUAAUGAUUUUGAAAGUGGGCUCUGUGACUCAAAAAGUAUGGGCCCUGGCUCAGGAAUUGGCCCAAAUAUUCGCAGAAACAAACCGUUUUUUGGCAGCAAGCGCUGCUACAGCAUGUCGGAAUUGUCUGUCCUACAGUCCCUGUCUGAUGGGAAUCAAGGUUCUUUGAGUUUUUUUGGUGGAAUGAAGUCACCUAAACCUGAGCAUUAUCAAAGUAGAGAGGAUUUCAAAACAGCAUGGCUAAAUCACCGUAAACUUACACGAUCCUGCCACGACCUGGACUCCAUUGGACAAAACCCAGGUUGGGGCCAAACCCAGCCAAUAGAGACCAACAUUGUGUGCAACCUGGACAGUUCUGGUGGUACCGUGGAGCUGCCAAAUACCAGUAUCAGUAUACAUAUUCCUGAGGGUCACGUUGCACCAGAUGAGACUCAACAGAUAUCACUGAAGGCCCUUCUGGACCCACCGUUGGAGCUUAACAAUGAUAGAUGUACUACUGUAAGUCCAGUGGUAGAGGUAAAACUCAAUAAUAUGGAAAUCAAGACCCCAGUCACUUUAGAGAUGAAGGUGUCUGUUGUGGUGAAAGUAGAGAGCCGCAAAAACACAGAGGUGGUGUGUGUGAGAAGCGACUUCAAGGAAGGUCCAUAUGUCCAGAUUCCACAUGUAUGCAUGUAUGGAGACACAGUUCAAGUGACUCUGGACAAUUUAGAGCCUUGCAUGUAUGUCUCUGUAGUUGCCCAAGCACAGACAGUGGCCCCAUACAACACAGUCUGGGAACAUGUCGUAAAAAAGGUCACUCUUGGGGUAUAUGGGCCAAAACACAUCCACCCGUCUUUCAAGACUGUGGUGGCCAUUUUUGGCCAUGACUGUGCCCCAAAGACGUUGCUAGUUAGUGACGCAAAAAAGCAUUCUCAGUCAACUCCACCUGUUGUCCUCCAACUCUGGGGGAAGCACCAGUUUGUCCUAACAAAACCUCAAGACCUUCAGGUUGGUGUGUAUUCGAACAUGUCCAAUUUUGAAGUGAGGGCCAAUGAACAUGCAAGAAUCGUGAGGGGAUUUCAGAUCAAACUUGGCAAAGUGGCCCGCCUCAUCUACAUGAUUGCAGCACGCGAUUCAAAUGACAUUUCAGACUUUACUUUGCGUAUUCAGGUCAAGGAUGAUAAGGACUGUAUCUUGGCCCAGUUUUGCGUUCAGACCCCAACCCCACCACCAAAAACAAGCACAAGUAGCUCCGUUCAACGGCGCUUCCUCAAGAAAAAGGAAAUAAACAAAAUCAUACUGUCUCCUCUUGCAGCGACUGCAAAGUACCCUGUGUUUCAGGACAGACUAGUCAAAAACCUGAAAUUUGCUAAGUUCCUGAAAACUGUUGUAAGGCAGUCCAAAAGUCUGUAUUUGCUAGAGUAUCUUAGAGGUGACAUAGUGGCCCUUUUGAGUGAGGAAAAAAUCAAACUUAAAGGACAUUUAUGGACCAAAGAGUGGUACUUCGGAUACUACCAUGGAAGAAUUGGGUUGGUGCAUGCAAAAAACAUUCUAAUCAUGGGAAAAGUGAAACCUGUUAAUUUCAAAGGGUCUGAUCUUACAACUACAAUCCUUUUAGAGCAGCUCCUAAAGCCCUGCAUGUGCCUGACGUAUAUCUACGCAUCUGUGCGGACAAUACUGAUGGAAAACGUGGCGAGUUGGAGAGUGUUUGCUGAUGCAUUGGGCUACGUCAAUCUGCCUCUGGCACAUUUCUGUCGGACAGAGGCAGAAAGUGAGCCUGAAAAAGUGGCUUCUGUUCUGGAGAGGCUCAAGGAAGACUGCAACGCAGCUGAGGGCAAGGAGAGGAAGUCUUUCCAGAAGGAACUCAUGAAGGCUCUUCUGAAGAUGGACUGUCAGGGCCUGGUGGCACGGCUGGUCAUGGACUUUGUGCUGUUGACUACAGCGGUGGAGCUGGCGGGUCGCUGGAGGGAGCUUGCUGAGAGACUGGCGAAAGUUUCCCGACAGCAGAUGGAAGCGUAUGAGGCUCCACACAGAGACAGCGGGGGACAACUGGACAGUGAGGCUAUGUGGAAACCUGCCUAUGACUUCCUGGUCACGUGGGCAGCUCAGAUUGGGGACAGUUACAGGGAUGUGAUUCAGGAACUUCACACUGGAUUGGACAAAAUGAAGAACCCUAUUACCAAGCGCUGGAGGCACAUCACAGGCGCCCUCAUCCUUGUCAACUGUCUGGAUCUUCUACGGAGCUCUGCUUUCAGCCCCUGCUCGCAGGAUGACUGCGCAAUAUAAAGACUACCUACAUCGGCUGUCGUUUACAAGACCCAGACACACCUGAUUUCAAUUGUAUUCAUUGUGUUGUUUUUAAUUUUCCUAAAUGCACUUAUAUGUUUGCAAAAUAGAUUUGUUGCAAAGUAAAUUGUACAUUGAACCAAAUUACUGAAAUGUGUAGGCCUAUUGCUUAUGUUUUAAUACUUUAAUGUAAAAUAAGUUUUUUUUUAUUCAUUGCAUAUCAUCAUGAUUUUAUACUUAUACUAAAUUUUGCACAAAGGAUUUUACAUGCUUCUACAUUUUUCACUAAUACUGUAACAAUCUUAUUCUUUUAUGUUUUGUGAUGCCAACACUGUAUGCUGAACUGCCUGUUUUACUUUGCUGUAAGUGUACAUGUGCGUCUCAAUGAAUUAGAAUGUCAUGAAAUUCAAUGCACACAGGCUGAAGUAGUCCAAGUCUUUGGUUCUUUUCAUUGUGAUUUAGGCUCACAUUUAACAAAAACUCACCAAUUCAUUAUC